AUGGGUUCUCUUGACUGUGUUCCAUCGCUUGAAGAUGGUGCGGCGGUGUUGUCUCUGAAUUCGCUACCGUUAGGGUUCCGAUUCCGACCUACCGACGAGGAACUUAUCGAUUACUAUCUACGUUCCAAGAUCAAUGGAAAUGGUGAUGAGGUUUGGGUUAUACGAGAAAUUGAUGUCUGCAAAUGGGAACCCUGGGAUAUGCCUGAUUUGUCAGUGGUACGAAACAAGGAUCCGGAGUGGUUCUUCUUCUGUCCACAGGAUCGAAAGUAUCCAAACGGACAUCGUUUGAACAGAGCAACCAAUCAUGGAUACUGGAAGGCAACAGGCAAGGAUCGGAAAAUCAAGUCUGGAACCCUCUUGAUUGGAAUGAAGAAGACUUUAGUUUUCUACAGCGGCCGUGCACCUAAAGGAAAGAGGACUAAUUGGGUUAUGCAUGAGUAUCGUCCCACCUUGCAGGAGCUUGACGGUACCAACCCAGGACAGAGUCCAUAUGUUCUCUGUCGAUUGUUUAAGAAAAACGAUGAGAGCAUUGAAGCAUCAAACUGUGGUGAAGUGGAGCAGACGAAUUCAGCUCCCAUGGCUGCCAAUUACUCUCCGGAAGAAAUACAAUCUAAUCCAGCUCCUAUUACAGCACCCACAUCACAGGUCACGGAGGAGGAUAAGCAGCUAGCUGUUAUCCCCGAUAUCUAUGAGGAAACAAUAUCCAACGCUAUAAACUCAGUUGAGUGCCAUAGUGAUGGAUAUGAUGCUCAUGAUGUCCAAAAACAAAUUGAAAAACUAGCUGCAGAGGAGGAUCAUGCGAUGAACUUUGACAUAUAUUAUAACCCGAAAGAUGGUCUAUUAUUAGACGACAGGUUAUUCUCGCCAGUUUUGACACACAUGCCACCUGAAUUUGAUUAUCAGGCAAACAGUGAAUCAGAUGGUCAAUGUGGGCUUCAAUAUGGUACCAAUGAGAUAAAUAUUUCAGACUUCUUAGAUUCAAAUCUUAAUUGGGAUCAAAUUCCCUGUGAGGAGUCCAGUAGUUACCCCCAGAACUUCACCCCCUUAUUAACUGUUAAGGACAAUGGUUCAGGAAGCGACUCAGACGCAGAAGUAGCCAAUAUGAUGACUUGUACACAAGUUGCUUAUCCUCCUGAGGUAAUAGACAGAAGGAUUCCUUUUGUGACAACACCAUCAUUUUUCCGCACCUUUGACUAUAAUGGUGAUGAUCAAAAGAGCAAUGUUGUGUUAUUACAAAACAAUUUCCAGACAACUUUUCCAUCCGAUGUUAAUUAUGGUGAAGUGUACAACAUCAAUGCUUAUGAUCAACCAAGAAACUAUAAUAAUACAUUUAUAAGUGGUGAAAGUGGAAUCAUAAGAAGGGCCCGACCAGCACGAGACGAACAAUUAAAGCCAAAUUCGAAACAAGGUGAUGCCGAAAGGAGAAUUCGUUUGGCAAAUAUGGGACAUGAUUCAAACAAGAGUAGUAAACAAGAACAGCAUAGUUCAAAACCAAUCACUACAGUGGAGAAGAAAGCUGCAGAAAAUCAUGCUGCCGAUGAUGAAAAUUCUACUGCAACUAAUCACACGUAUAAAAAGAGGAAGGCAUCCAAGUCAGUUGUCCAUAGAAAUAUUUCUGUAUUGCUUGGAAGGGUGCGGGCGCCUUUCAGAUCAAAGACUUCCUCCAACUGCGCCUUGUGGUCUUCCGUUUUUGUAGUUUCUGCCUCUGUACUUGUUUCAUUAGUAGCCUUUACUAACAUAUGGGGAUGUAUUAAAUUUUGA